UUCAGAUUUUGCAUUACAGCUUCUACCCCAAUCCUGAAUGCUGAAGGCGCUCAGACACUUUAAUCCUGCAAGAUGGGUUUCUGCCUUUGAGGAUCAUCACCGUCAGCAGCAGCAGCAGCAGCUCUCUAUUAGAAUGAAGAGCCAGAACAUCAGGACUCUCUUCCUCAUCCUCUCCGUGCUCCUCUACCUGCUGAUCGGAGCCGCCGUGUUCGACGCGCUGGAGACGGAGAGCGAGAGCUCCAGGAAAAGAGCCCUGGAGCAGAAACUGAGCGAGCUGAAGAGAAAGUACGGCUUCAAAGAGGAGGACUACCGGGAGAUGGAGAGAGUCAUCCUGCAGUCGGAGCCGCACCGCGGCGGGAAACAGUGGAAGUUCACCGGCUCUUUUUAUUUUGCCAUUACCGUCAUCACCACUAUAGGCUACGGCCACGUUGCUCCUCGCACCGAUGCUGGCAAGACCUUCUGCAUGUUUUAUGCAGUCUUGGGAAUACCUCUGACUCUGGUCAUGUUCCAGAGUCUGGGUGAGAGGAUCAACACUUUUGUCCGAUAUCUUCUGCGCAGAGCCAAGCAGGGGCUUGGCUUCAGGAAGACGGACGUGUCCAUGGGAAACAUGGUGCUGGUGGGUCUGCUGUCCUGUGUUAGCACCCUGUGCAUUGGAGCUGCAGCCUUUUCUCACUUUGAGGACUGGAGCUUCUUUAAUGCCUACUACUACUGCUUUGUCACGCUCACAACCAUCGGCUUUGGGGACUUUGUUGCCCUGAAGAAGAAAGAUGCUCUCCAGAAGCGAUCGCCCUAUGUGGCCUUUUGCUUCCUGUACAUCUUGGUUGGACUGACGGUCACCGGAGCAUUUCUCAACCUGGUUGUGUUGAGGUUUCUAACCGUGAAUUCUGAUGCAAGUAUUGAUGAAAGUGUAGAGGAGGAGCUUUUAGAACCCAAGGAGCCGCAGGGGGAGGAGGAAGCACCGGAUAAUGCACAGGCAGAGUUGGUCGAGGUAAGACGUACAGCUGAUGCAGAUGAAAGCCGGUUCAACCUUAACCUACCACUGGAGGCUGGCGGCAGCUGUGCAAGUCUGGUCUCCUCUCCUACAGACGACCUAAGACUCAUUGAGUGUGAACGUUCUGAGCCUCCUGAGCACAGCAGACUCAGGGAGCUGUUCUCCUGCAUGUGCUGUGGGCUGGAUGUUUGCGGCAGCACCACCGAACUGCAGCAUGAACACACAUGUGGCCACAGCAACCCUGUUUUUUACACCUCCAUCUCCUACAGGGUUGACCAAGUCUCCUGCAGUUCUCACACUGUUUCAUCACCCGGCGCUGUAGCUCUCUGUUGGAAGAAAAACAACCUUCACAUCAGACGGAAGUCACUCUGACCCAGGAGGCUUUUGUGGCUUUCAGAACAGAUUAAACCCUCAAAUAUAUUUAAAAACUUUGAAAUGUAGCACUGUAUGAUCUUAAGAUAUAUUUUUAUACACUUCAGGGUUUCGAAAUGCUAAAACGUGGCAUGAACAAGUAUGU